GCGGCGCGCCGGAGAGCUGGGGCCGGCUCCUGUUCUGCCAAGAUGGCUUCUCUUCUUCAGUCGGACCGCGUCUCCUAUCUGGUGCGCGGCGAAAAGGAGAUCCGCAUGCCGCUUUCGCAGCUGUAUUUCUGUCGCUACUGCAGCGAGCUCCGUUCCCUCGAGUGUGUCUCGCAUGAGGUGGAUUCUCACUAUUGUCCCAGCUGCUUGGAGAAUAUGCCUUCAGCUGAAGCCAAGCUCAAAAAAAAUAGGUGUGCUAACUGUUUUGAUUGUCCUUGCUGUAUGCACACUCUUUCUACCCGAGCAACAAGCAUUCCUGCUCCAUUGCCUGAUGAUCCAGCUAAAACUACAAUGAAAAAAGCUUAUUAUCUGGCCUGUGGAUUUUGCCGCUGGACAUCCAGGGAUGUUGGCAUGGCAGAUAAAUCAGUUGCCAGUGGAGGUUGGCAGGAACCUGAAAAUCCUUAUACACAAAAGAUUAAUAAACUGGUGGAGUAUUAUCAACAGUUGGCUCAGAAGGAGAAGAUGGAAAGAGAUCGUAAAAAAUUAGUUCGACGGCGACCGUACAUGCCACUGGCUUUUUCGGACAAAUAUGGCCUUGGAACCAGGCUCCAACGUCAGAGGCCUGGGGCCCCUAUCAGCGCCCUUACUGGACUUUCGCUGAAAGAAGGGGAAGACCACAAGGAGAUAAAAAUUGAACUAGCUCAGGCUGUGGAAGAAGUAGAACCUUUACCUGAGGAUUAUUACACAAGGCCAGUCAAUCUAACAGAAGUGACCACCUUAAAGCAGCGUCUCCUGCAGCCAGAUUUUCAGCCCAUUUGUGCUUCUCAACUUUACCCACGUCAUAAACACCUUCUGAUCAAACGCUCACUGCGAUGCAGGAAAUGUGAACACAAUUUGAGUAAACCAGAGUUCAACCCCACAUCAAUAAAAUUCAAAAUUCAAUUGGCUGCUGUCAAUUACAUCCCAGAAGUGAGAAUCAUGUCUAUUCCUAAUCUGCGCUAUAUGAAGGAAAGUCAAGUUCUUCUAACUCUAACCAAUCCAGUGGAAAACCUUACCCAUGUGACCUUAAAAGAAUGUGAGGAAAAUGAUCCCGAGGAUAUUAACAGUACUGCAAAGGUGGUGGUUCCUUCCAAGGAACUAAUCUUGGCUGGCAAAGAUGCAGCAGCAGAAUAUGAUGACUUGGCAGAAUCUCAAGAUUUCCAGGAUGACCCUGACAUCAUAGCUUUCCGGAAAGCUAACAAAGUUGGGAUAUUCAUCAAAGUUACUCCACAGAAAGAAGAAGGGAAAGUUACUGUAAGCUUUAAGAUGAGACAUGAGUUCAAAAAUCUUGCCGCUCCAAUCCGCCCCACAGAGGAAGGUGAUCAGAGUUGUGAAGUCAUUUGGCUCACCCAUCAUGUGGAGCUCAGCCUGGGCCCUCUGCUUCCCUGAAGUUUGUGUCUUAAUUGGUUGCUAAAUGAUAGUUUCCUGUUAUACUGUGCUUUGAAAAUGUAUUCUGAUAAAAUGCUGGUUCUACAGAGAUGCCUUCGAAAGUGAAAUUUCAGUCAAAAAAGGUAGAGUUGAAACAGAAAAAAGACACUUUUUUUUCUCCUUGCCUCCUCCUCUUCACAUCCAUUCCAUGAAUUAGUGAUUCUGUCACUAUACCACAUGCAUAAUCAAAGUGACAGUACAGGCUUAGUGUGCAUGUUUGUAGUUAUCUUCUAUCUUCGUUUAAAAAAGUCACAACUAGUUCCUUGCAAAAUCUUUUACUAGCUUUCCUUACACCAAUUUAACCAAGCUAAUAUUGGACAAAAUCUCUUUCCUUCUCUGUACAUUUUCUGAUAACUAGAUUACCACUUUUCUGAGUGUAGUAAUUAUUUCAACUAGAUUUUUCAGUAAAGCAAUAAUCAACACAGCAGCAUGAAAUGUCUUGCUUUCCCUAUCUGUCAGGCAUCUCAAAUAUUUACUGCUAAGGUUUUUUUGUACCAUUUGUGGCAUUUCAUUGUCUUGUUAUGGACAAUUCCUGAAAGGAAGACAUGAAUCAAUACAAUAUCAUUGGAGGAUUUAACUUCUUAGGUUGGAGAAUGCUUAUUUAAAGGAAAUGCAAUUUAGAAUAGUUGUAUUUGCUGAUGUAUUGCAUUUAUUGAAGCAAGAAUCCAAUUGGGACAAGCACAAGUGUUGUUGUUAAAUUAUUCCUUUAGGAACAGGAUACUGACCAAAGAUAGCUCAUUAUGAUUUUAAUUACUUUUAAUAUAUAAAUUUGAACUUUUAAGACCUCUUGGAAAAGUAGCGACCAUCACUAUUGUGCAAUUUUGCACUGAAGGUGUAAAAUCUUAUUCUCCUACUGAACAGAUUUCAUUAAGAUUUAUAAUAGGCAGGUGAAUAAAUUAUUAUAAAGUAUAAUUUCCAAGUUUUGGGUUUUGAAUUUUAAUGAUUUGAAAUUUAAUAUUGUAGCACUGCAUGCACA